AUGAAACAAAUCCGUCCACCUUUAAAAUGAAGCUCUCUCUUCUUAUAGUGGUCCUUCCCGCUAGUUGUUUUGUAACUCCUCUCUUACAAGUUAAUAACUCUACUACGAAGUUCUCGAUUGAUGUUGCCCCGGUAGAGCUGGAUGUCGCCCCGGCAGGGCGUGAACCGCUCAAUACAAGCCUCGCAAAUAUUGGUCGCCGAGUUAUUGGCCCCCGAGACGCCCGCACAAAUCCACCAUGCCCACCUGGGCAGACAUUCAGUAGCUCCAUCUGUUUUACCUACUCGAUCAUAAGUCGCUUCUGUAAUACUGCUCAAGGUGGUCCAGGGGAAAGGAGAGAAAUUUUCUGUCAUGCCGACGAAGUCUGUGUGCAGCGCUUACUAUCCAAUGGCAGAACUUACGCUGAUUGCCUUCCACUUGUUUCGGUUAUAAAGUGGAGGUCAGGCCCAAGUAGUUCACAACAAGGCUGCACUGAUGUUAGUAGUAAGCGAGGGAAAACACACAGCCUUGGAACAAUUGCUUAUGACACAAAUUCGCACCCUAUCCAAGUCGACAAGAUCUUGUACUUAGGAGAACCUGGUGAUGUAAAUAAGGGAAUUGGCGGCUCAACAUCUUUUUUUACUAGCGAACCCUGGAAUUUCGAUGGUGGAAACCAUAUGCAGGCUUGUGUUACUACUGGGGGUGCUACAGGCCUGCAUCUCUUUACGUGGAUUAUUUAAUAGUAAGGGUUAGGGGCAGCUACUCUGAUAUUCUACUGCGGAAUGCGUUGAGAUUUAGGCAUUCUUAUAUAAC